AUGCAGUUCACUUCCACCCUCCUCGCUAUUGCCACCAUGCUUGCCGUCGGCGACGCAUGCAAGCUGGAGGUCGCUGGACCGGCGAUGACUGUGCUUUUGCCGGCACGGGCGGCAAUCUCGGCACCUUCAACAGCUGCUGCGGCAACAACGGUGGCAACUCGGACUGCUAAAUUUCCUACCUACAAGAUUCAACCGCUGGAGCUGACGUUGCGUCCUGUUCGCAACGACGCUUUAACUUUUGAUCCCGCCGCGCUGAGGGCUUUUUUUUUCCUUUUUGGUUAUCUAGGCCGCCGCAUCUGCAGCGACCUUGCCACCGGGGCUUUUUUGUGUACCCUGAGCAGCAUUCCGACUUGA